GAGGAGCAAGCAGUUCAAGUGUUGCUUUAAGCUACUAAAUAUGUGGUAAUUUGUUACAGCCCCAGAAGGAAACUAAUACAGAAGGUAUCUGGGAAAUGAACAGCUGUACCAUGCCCCCUUUAGUCAUUAUUUCUAGUUGCUUUUAUGAGCAAAGCUUGUCUUAUGUAGCAACAGUUGCUAAGUAAGUUAACAAUCUAGAGUCUACCAGGGAGCAACUGCUUAAAUCUUCCCAAAUCCAGUGCCCAGACCUUAUAUGGCAGAGGCUUUCAGUACCGUUCUUUACCAUUAGGCACAUAACCACUACCUAAUCAUGGCAAGUCAUUUAAUCCUUGCAAGCCUCUAGCAUUGUCUUCAAACCUUGAACCUCUUCCAGCUUUCUCAAACGUCUAGCUUUUCUUAAAAUUACUUUUUCUGGUCCUAAGAGUGUUUUAACUGUACAUAGUAAAAGACAAAUUUAAUUAUGAUCAGAGAUCCGAAUUACACAAACUUUGUUUGCUGUGCUGUAUGUAAUAAAAUAAUUCCACCAGUCCCCUUUGGGGAAACCUUCAAACGGAUCCAUGAGUACAAGCCAUUUAAGACACGCUUUUACACUCACAGAGAUAUACUGGAUAUUGGGACAGAUAUUGUGAAUAAGGAAGAGCAGUUUCAAGAAGCUGUACUCAAAGAACGUAUUGCAAAAGCAGAAGCUGAUGCAUGGGCUAAGGCUGAUGAACGCCAAAGAGAAGCAGUGAAGAAAGCCCUUGAGGAAGCAAAUGACAUGCACAAAAUGAAAAUCCAGAUUCUGAAAGAGGAACAUCAAAAAGAUUUACAGGAAAUGGCAUCUAAGACCAGGAUCGAGUUGCAUCAAAACAUAGAGGGAGAACUGCAGCGAGAACACCUGGCUGCCGAGCAACGCAUGGUCCACAGGACCCAGAGGAUCAUGACGGAGCGCCACCAGGAGAAGGUCCAGGCCGUGGAGGAAGCCCGGGCCCAGGAGAGGCACAUAGCCCAGGAGGAGAUCCAGGCCCAGAGAAGAAAGGCCAUGGAGGAACUUUUGAAAGCUGGUGUCACAGUUAUGAAGGAUCAAAAGAAGAGUGUGAGCCAACUGAUAAAGGAAAAAGAACAUGAAAUGGACGUCUACUAUUGCAUGGCUCAGAGACAGAAGCAAGAAGAGGUUCAGGAAGCGCUUCAAGAAGCAGAGAAGGGCUUCCCUGAGAAAACACAUCAGGCCACGCUUGGAAAUGUGAUGGACAAACUGCUUAACACUCAGGGGGAGCUGCUGUCCAUGGCCAAGCAACUGGGAAUCAUGACAAAUUGGAAAGAUUUCCUGGAGGAGGAGUUACAGGAAACCAGGGUAGCGUUUCAAAAAUACAUCAAUUAUACGUUUCCGAAGCUCUCACCGGGACAUGCAGAUUUUAUUCUGCCAGAAAGAAAGAAAACACCUUCCAGUCUUAUUAGUCAGGAGGACCAAACAACUCAUGAUUAGAAGUCUUCAUCUGAAAUGGCACUACAAAAGACAUUGUUCUAAAGACUAAGUAAAUUCACUCAAAAACCA